AAUAACAGAUUAAAAACUCAAGAUGGGUCAUAGAUCUGACUCUAGUGGUUCUGAGAGAAGGAGUAGGAAACAUAGAAGACGGAGAAGUGAUUCCGAGUCUACAGAUAGUUCUGGGGAUAGGGGUAGAUCCAGAUCUAGGGAUAGAAAGAAGAGAUUACUCUCGAUGGCUCACAACCCUCAUGUAGAGAAGGAAGGAGGAAAAGUUUGGAAACGAGAUAAGGAAAAUGAUCAUUACAAAAAGGAUGUAAGACCGCGAAGGGAUCAGCAGGAAGGAUUCUUCUCAGUCCGACGAGAGCAAAGGGAGGAGAUCACGUGCCGCGGAGCUCCAGAGGUAAAUUCAAUCUUAUGGUUUUUUAUGCAUCUUUGCCACAAACUUGUAUUUCUCCAGAGGUAAGUUCAAUCUUAUGGU